CCCCAGCGCCUAUUCACUGAAACUGCUCCUUGGUGAUCUUCCUGCCCACCCGGUGUGGCCUGCUGGCCUGUGGUCAGGUGCUUCGCAAAUUCCGCAGCACCUUCCAGGUUACUUAGGCCUGCGAACAUAAUCGCUCACCGUCAUGGAUACUCUUUCAGAAGCAAACGGCACCUUUGCCUUAAGUCUGCUGAAAAAGCUGGGUGAAGACAACUCGAAAAAUGUGUUUUUCUCGCCCAUGAGCAUCUCUUCUGCCCUGUCCAUGGUCUUCAUGGGCGCCAAGGGAAACACUGCAGCCCAGAUGGCCCAGACACUUUCUUUAAGUAAGAGCAGCGGAGGAGGUGAUGUCCACCAGAGGUUCCAGUCGCUUCUUACUGAAAUCAACAGGACUGAUGCACGGUACUUGCUUAGAACUGCCAACAGGCUCUUUGGAGAGAAGUCUUAUGAUUUCCUCUCAUCUUUCAAAGACUCCUGCCGUAAAUUCUACCAGGCAGAGAUGGAAGAGCUCGACUUUAUUAACGCUACAGAAGAGUCCAGGGAACACAUCAACACCUGGGUAGCUGAAAAGACGGAAGGUAAAAUUACACAGUUGUUAUCUCCAGGUUCAGUUGACCCAGUGACGAACCUGAUUCUCGUGAAUGCCAUCUAUUUCAAAGGAAACUGGGAUAGUCAGUUUAACAAAAGCCAGACCACAGAAAGACCGUUUAAAGUCAGCAAGAAUGAGGAGAAACCUGUGCAAAUGAUGUUUAAAAAAUCCACCUUUAAAAUAACCUAUAUUGGAGAAAUAUUCACCCAAAUUCUGGUGCUUCCCUAUGUGGGUAAAGAGCUGAAUAUGAUCAUCAUGCUUCCAGAUGAAAACAUCGAUUUGAAAACGGUGGAGAAAGAAAUCACUUAUGAGAAAUUCACAGAAUGGACGAGGCCAGACAUGCUGGAUGAAGAAGAGGUGGAAGUGUUCCUCCCUAGAUUCAAACUGGAGGAGAAUUACAACAUGGAGAACGUCCUUUGCACGCUGGGCAUGACCGAUGCCUUCGAGCAGGCCAAGGCAGACUUUUCUGGAAUGUCGUCCAGGAAAGACCUGUAUCUGUCCAGGGUGGUGCACAAGUCCUUUGUGGAGGUCAACGAGGAAGGCACGGAGGCCGCAGCUGCCACUGCGGCCAUCAUGAUGUUGCGAUGUGCAAGAAUCAUGCCCAGGUUCUGUGCCGACCACCCCUUCCUUUUCUUCAUCCAGCACAGCAAAACCAACAGUAUCCUGUUCUGUGGCCGAUUCUCCUCCCCAUAAGGAGAUGUUUGGCACUGUUCGUGGUCCUUCUCCUCUCUCCUGCUGACCCACUUUUCCUCUGACACUUCACAAUGUGCCUACAAUGCAAAGUGACCUUUGGUGACAAUCCAAAAAUAAAAGGCCCCGUUUUGAAAUCCCA